AUGGACAAAAGGCUACCAGACAAACAGCCUACUCUCAUGACGUUUUUUAAGAAACUUAAAAGUAAUGAGAGCACCGCCAAAAGCACUGAAAACGAAAGCACGUGUGAUGAUCUGGAAAAUACAGCAUGUGCUUCGACACCAAACCCUAUAGAAGAAAGUUCACCUUCAAAUGUUUUUCAGUAUUCUAGAGACAUUGGCUGCUAUGUUAGUUGUACGCAGACAAUAGUUGAUGAAGAACGUUAUAAAGUAUUGCGUGAUCCUUGGUGUCCAGAAGAAAAUUACCAAUUUCCUUCUGUUGCACAGGGUAAAAAAAAUAGAUCUUUUAAAUUGCACUGGAUAAAGGAGUUUCCUUGGUUGUCUUACAGUCAUAAAUUUAAUGGAUGUUUUUGCAGAAUAUGUGUCUUAUUUGGAGGAGAGGAAGGAGGUCGUAGUCAUGUAAAGCUAGGAAAGCUGGUAUUAGAACCUUUAUGUUCGUAUAAAGAUGCCAAGAAUGAUUUCAGAGUUCAUGAGAAAAAUGAAUAUCAUAAGAACAACUUGUUGAGAUCUCAGAAUUUUAUUGACAUCAUGGAUGGUAAAACAUCAAGUAUUGAGGCUUUAGCUGACAGUGCGAUUAGACGUAGAAUCGAAAGCAAUAGACAAAAAUUAAUUCCAAUCAUUAAAACUAUACUAUUUUGUGGCAUGAACAAUAUCCCAUUAAGGGGUCACAGAUAUGAUGGAUCUAUCUUCACAGAAGACAGUGACGAUAAAUCGGUAACAAAAGGUAAUUUUAAAGCAUUGUUAAGAUUUCGGAUUGAUGCUGGUGACAAGAUCCUUGAGAGCCAUUUGCAGACUGCUGGAAAAAAUGCAACUUUUAUUAGCAAAACUACGCAGAAUGAUUUAAUCACAUGCUGUGGUGAAAUUUUGCAAACUAAAAUUAUUGACAAAAUGAAGAUGUCAAAAUUUGACAGUAUAUUAGCUGAUGAAACAACAGAUAUUAGCAUUUCAGAACAGCUUUCAUUCUGUGUUCGGUACCUUGACACAGGUAACUGCUGUGUAGAAGAAAGAUUUCUUGGUUUUACCAAAGUAGUAAAUAUGACUGGUGAAGCUUUGAGUGACACUAUCAUUGAGUUUUUGAAAAGUGCAAAUCUGGAUAUUGCAUACCUCCGUGGACAAGGCUACGAUGGUGGUGCAAACAUGAGUGGAUUGCUGAAAGGAGUACAAGCACGAAUUUUGAGAAUGCAGCCUUUUGCUAUUUACACUCAUUGUGCUAAUCACAGGUUAAAUUUAGCUUUAAAUAAGGCAAGUAUUGUUACAAGUAUUCGCAAUACGGUUGGCAUAAUAGCAAACAUUAACAAUUUUCUACGAGAGUCUGCAUCUAGAACGCAUUUGUUGAGUGACAAAAUUAGUGAAAUGUUGCCUUCUCAGAAAUCUGUAAAGGCCAAGAAGCUUUGUGAAACUCGCUGGGUUGAGAGGCAUAAUGGUAUUUUACAUUUUUUAGAAAUACUACCUGCAGUUGUUGGUGUACUAGAAGAUAUUGGUAACAGUACAAGUACAAACGCAGCAAACAAUGCCCAGUCACUGUUGGCAGUAAUUUGCAAAUUUGAGUUUUUGGUAAGCUUAGAAAUUUUGAGUAAAAUUUUAGCCAUAACUCUACCACUUUCUGUCCAACUGCAAACUGUGAACGUAGACUUUGGAAAGUCUGUUGAAAUGGUAGAAUUUGUGAAAUCUGCAUUACGUAGAAUCAGACAACAUUCAGAGGAUGAAUUUAAAAUUCUAUUUGGGCAGACAAAGGUUGUUGCAGACAAUCUAGAUGUGGAAGUAAAGCUUCCAAAAGUCAGAAAUGUGCACCAACACCGAGCUAAUUUGACAGAAAUGGAAGACUAUUUUCGUGUUAACACAUUCUUGCCUUAUCUGGACUAUCUGAUUUCUGAGUUAGAAUCCAGAUUUUCACAAGAUAACACCUCACAUAUGGCAAAACUCCAAAAAAUAAUUCCAAAAUAUUAUUUUGAGUCAGACACAUCAGAUGCAGACAUACUGGAGGCAGCCAAAAAAUAUGAGUCAGAUUUACCAUCCACUGUACAGGUACUUGAAGGAGAACUGAAAUUAUGGAGGGAGUUUUGGGCAAUGAAGUCUGAAAAAGUUGAUACAGCAAUGGAAGCUUAUAAAUUAGCAUCUAUGUUUCCUAACAUCAGGACCCUAUUGAUAAUUCUGUGUGUGAUACCUGUUACCACUGCAACAGCUGAACGAUCUUUUAGCUCAUUGAAAAGAAUUAAAACAUACUUAAGAUCAACAAUGGGUCAGGAAAGACUCAAUGGUUUGGCCAUGCUAAAUAUACAUAACGAUAUUGAAUUAGCCCCAGAAGAGGUUCUAGAUGUAUUUGCUGUAAAACAUUCACGAAAACUUCAAUUGCAGUUCAUUUAA